ACGCACUUUCAAAGCCGCAUCGCUCGCGCUCACUCAAUCUCCGAGUGCUAUCACAAACUUUUCUCCAAUCCUGGCGAUUUAACGAGCUCUUUAGAUAUAUAUAUUUUUUUAAAACGUUAUACGUCAUCUGCGAAGGUGGAUCAUGUAGUGUUCCAAUAUUUAUAAAGCUCCGUGCGAACAAUACAUUUUGGAGGAGGAAAGAGACCUUUAAGGACGAGUUUCUCGUUGCUGUCAGCGACUUGGUUCCACGUUUAAGACAAGAGAAAAGAAGCACGAGUCAGACUUCACACAGUAGCACGUGGAUUUUUGGAGAUGUUCCUUCUGGAGCUCAAUCACUUGUCAGCGCUGGUCACUGCGCUCACAUCAGUGCUCUCCGCCCUGAUCUUGCUUGCCGUCUCCAGGCAACUGUGGACCUUCCGGUGGACCAUUACGCGGGACACAGAGAGCAAGUUGCCGCUACCCAAUGGGUCCAUGGGCUGGCCGCUGGUGGGAGAAACGUUCCACUGGCUCUUUCAGGGGUCCAACUUCCACAUCUCCAGGAGAGAGAAGCAUGGCAACGUUUUUAAAACUCACCUUUUAGGAAAGCCUGUUAUCCGGGUGACUGGUGCCGAAAACAUCCGUAAAAUCUUGCUUGGAGAACACAACUUGGUUUGCACGCAGUGGCCUCAGAGUACCCGUAUUAUCCUGGGACCCGACACCCUGGUCAACUCUAUUGGAGAUUUGCACAAGAAGAAGAGAAAAAUCUUGGCAAAAGUCUUUAGCCGCGGGGCCUUGGAGACUUACCUACCUCGCUUGCAAGAUGUUGUCAAGUCUGAAAUUGCAAAGUGGUGCUCAGAGCCUGGCCCAGUGAAUGUUUACGUCUCAGCCAAGUCUCUCACAUUUCGCAUUGCUGUCAGAGUCUUGUUGGGACUGAAGAUGGAGGAAAAACGCAUAGUUUACCUGUCUAAGAUCUUUGAGCAACUCAUGAACAACCUCUUCUCACUACCAAUUGACGCACCUAUGAGUGGACUCCGCAAAGGAAUAGAAGCCCGGGAAAUCCUACAUGCGUGCAUGGAGAAAAUCAUAGAGGAGAAAAUGCAGAAACAACAGUCUGAUGAGUACUAUGAUGCUUUCGAUUACAUGUUGAUCAGUGCCAAGGAAAAUGGAAAUGAACUCAGCAUGCAGGAGUUGAAGGAAACCGCGGUGGAGUUAAUAUUUGCUGCUCACUCAACUACAGCCAGUGCCUCCACUUCGCUUAUUCUUCAACUCCUGCGGCACCCCGCUGUGGUGGAGAAAGCCCAGAUGGAGCUGGAGUCCGAGGGUCUCGGCUACGAAGCACAUAGCGCCCACAGAUGCUCCGGCAAAGAAAAUGGUCUGAAAGGUCCUCUUGCGGCGGAACAUGAGGAACAUCGGCCUCUAGACGCAGAGGACACCCUGUUGAUGAAUGGGAACGGGACUGUUAAUUGCGCACUGGAUGAAGAAGAAGAAGCACGGUGUUCUCGGUCUCAUAUUCCUUGUUUAACUUUGGAGAAACUGAGUCAGCUACGUUACAUUGAAUGUGUCGUCAAGGAGGUCCUGCGGUUUCUCCCGCCAGUGUCUGGAGGAUACAGGACGGUGCUACGAACAUUCGAAUUGAACGGCUACCAGAUUCCUAAAGGAUGGAGUGUAAUGUACAGUAUCCGGGACACCCAUGAGACAGCUGCAGUGUUCCAGAGACCGGAGAUCUUCGACCCAGACCGCUUCGGGCCGGAGCGUGACGAGAGCAAGACUGGGCGCUUCAAUUACAUUCCAUUUGGUGGCGGAAUAAGGAGUUGCGUCGGAAAGGAACUUGCCCAAAUGAUACUAAAAACCCUGGCAGUUGAGGUGAUUGGCACGUGCAACUGGACACUCGCCACGGAAACAUUCCCCAAGAUGCAGACGGUGCCAAUAGUCCACCCCGUCAAUGGACUGCAUGUGCAUUUCAAUUACGCAUAGCCAACUCCGAUAGUUUAGAGAUGUCAUUGUGUUAUUAUUAAAAACAUUAACAUUAAGCUCAUUAACUUUCCGCAAUUGCAAUAUUAAGUUAUUCAAUUUGAAUACAUCAGCAAGAACCCUAUGCUGUGAGAAACACGGUGGUCAUUGUAGAGUGGAACCAAUGCAUGGUGCCAGUGGCCUGUGAUGAUCUGCUUAUCGCCAAGAUCGCCUUUUUACGCAAUGGGAAAAGUGACUCCAUACAUUUGCUAUUCUUCACGGACAUCCGGGCGCCCACUUCCAUAACAAAGCAAAUCGAAAAGUGAUAGCCUAUAUUUCAGCACCAUAAUGCAAUAUACAAUGGACGAGUAGGGCUUUCCUCUCAGAACAAACAUUAUUUGUGCUCAGGACUGAUUAUAAAUAUCCGUCUAUAAUACGAAAUUGUCUUUCAGAUCUUGCACUUGGUCUCCACGAAAGACUUUCAGAAAUACAUUCCAAAUGUAUGUGUUUAUGUCCAGUAUGUAAGUAGAUUGAAAUGAGAUAUAGGCCUACAUUUAUAGGCUAAAUAAGUGUAUGUGUGUAUGAAAUGAAGUAGUAUUACAAAUAAGCUUUAUUUAUAGAACACUUCGGUUAAGUCGGUGUACAUAUGGAAUAAUAAUGAAGAGGCCUAGUUAUUUAUAAUCAAUGUAAAGCAUAGACCGGUAAAACAAACCAUAGGCAUGGAGUAUCGCUAAUUAUUUGAUUAUAAAGUCUAUAAAUCAAAAUGCAAUUAUAUAAACUUACCUAGAGAAAAUAACCAAUUAUUAUUUGUAUUCUUCUUAUUAUUACAUGUUCCAUCAUUAUGAAUAAUCGUUUGUUGAUUUUAAAGCAUGAUGGAAGCGCUGUGAAAUGACCCGGUUAAGAUGGAUUCAUGGAAGGAGAUAGCACUUUUUCUCCUUUACGGAGUGUGUAUAUACAGUAUUUGUUCUAUUGAUUGAAUGUGUGUAUUUUUGUGUAGAUGUUGCUCGUAUUAUCUAUAGAACGAUGUAAAAGGUAAAUUACAAAAAAAGUGUAUUUCUGCCAUAGAAUAGGACAUUUUACCAUACAAAAUGUGCAUUUGCUGCCAUCAUGUUAACCACAAUGUAUAGAUUCCCGUUCUAUAAAAAGACCAAUAUGGACUUGUUUAUAGAUAAAAUUGUUAAGGUUUUGAUAAUAUGACAUUUGAUAAGUGUGCCAGUAUUGUCACAGUAUAAGCCUAUACAAUAUAUAAUGAAAUGUGUUGUUGUUUUUAAUAUGAGAUGCCAAAAUAUAGUCAAUUGUAAGCGUAGUGUAUAGCCUUAGUGGUUAGUUGGGUCUGUUUUCGUUCGCCAACUCAUGUCAUUGAAUUCCAUAACCACAAGAACGAUUUGCAUAUCAUUUGACAGGCUCCGCCCCCGAAGAUAAAUGGAACCUGAAAGGUUACACCUUCAGAGUGAACUCGGAUUGCAGUGUGACCCUCUAGUGAACCAUUUAACUCUGCCCUAUUGACCCUCAGUUUAGGUGACGCUUUGUUAACUGUGCGUUCACGAGCAGUGACCACAACACCAAUGAUAUCUCACAACAUAAUUUCCACACCAAAGAAUUCUAGACCUAUAGGUCACUAUCUGACUUUCCUCCAUAGACGACUGAAAUUAUUAAUUGUAGGUAAGACACUUGAUUUAAACCCUCAGACCACCCACGUUUAACAGAACUACCCCCUCCCUUCCACACACCCACACACACACACACACACACACACACACUCCCGCUAUCUUCCUCUCUCUCUCGCUCUCUCUUACCAAGUUAAAACCGACAGUGUAAAAUGACCCUUCUCAAAUUACCUCCAAAAAGGUUGAAAUGAUUCUAAAUUGUAGGCUAUACCCUAUAGGUUAAUUGAGACAUUGAAAAACAAUGUAUGAAAUCCUGACGUCAAUAGGCCUAUAGAUUGAGAUAAUGUAUGAUUAUGCACUCAAUUUGAUUGUCAUGAUUGACAGAAUAGACGACUGUGAAGAUGAUGGCGCGAUCCUAAUUAUGAGUGGUAAAGGGCCCUGUAACUCGUCAUUUGGUGGGCAGUGAACUUGGCGACGUUUUGGCACCAGAGUUCACACGGAUGUCACGGUCCGUGUUGUAGGUCACAGGCAGGGCAACGCAUAGAAAUGGGACAGAGCGUCCCUGCCCCCAAAUCUGUUGGAAUCGCGCUGCGGUAAUGGGUUUUAAACACAGGGUGCACAGAGAACGGUGAUUUGGAGAGUGUUAGAUGGCAUCGCCAUUUCAAAGUAAUCUAUUCAUUAACAGUACACCCCGUAGAGUAAACUAAAUACAAAGCAUGAAUCCGUUACCGCUAGAAAAAUAUAGGACAAUACAUUGAUAUUAAUACAAAGUGAACACAGAUGCAGCGCUUGUCCUAGCCUAUUGACACAUGUGUCAAGCCUGGAUGUCCCCUUCAUGGACACAAGUGUCUCUCGGAAGUAUAAUAGGCCAAAUGUUCUAUUAACAUAAUCAAGCCCGAUCAGUCUCAGACUAGGGGAUUCAGCUUGUAAACGAAGAACACGAUAUAUUGGGUAACCGAUUAGGUAUUUUCCAAAGUAAAAUGUUUGUAUUCUAUUGUGGGG